CCGGAGCGGUCCACACUCGUCGCACGUCCCGUGCCCCAUCCUUAUCCUCCGCGCUCUCGUGCUCCCAGUUUCCGCCACAGCCUCCGCGGUGUGGCCGGGUUUGGGCCGCUCCCUGGAAGCCGGCGCCACGCCAGGCCCUGGGCUGCCGGACGCGGGGGCCGCAGCCUCCGGGAAGCCGCGCUUGGCCGGGGCCCGGGGGCCUCGGCCUCCCCCCGCCGAGGUUGCGCAACGGCUCUUCCCAGCAACCAAAGUUUUGUUUAGUCCCACGGGGAGCCUCUCUUCUCCCCUCCGCAGCCCUAGGCCGUAACUACGGAGACCUCUUUUCUUUCAUUAAGGGGAACAAACACAAACACGGGCACGCACGCAGCUUGAGCACCCCAGCCGAUGGCCGCGUCCCAGGCUUUGUGGCCCCGUCCCCAGCGUCGCGGAGCGGCGGGUUUGCAGGGUGUCAACUCUGGGGACGUGCGUGCGUGUGAUUGUUGGGGAGGAGAAAUGUGAUCCGCCGCGCCGCGUCCCCAGCGGCGGCUGGAGGAAGGCGUGGCGGCCGCGCGGCGGGGCUGUUGCCGGCUUCUCUCGGUACGGUGGCUGCCGCCCGCUUCUCUUCGCCGCACUGGGAGAACUGGCGGAAAGACUUUGGAUGAGAAUGUCUGUUUUUCUGUUGUGAGGGAGACGGCUGUUGUAAAAUGGUAUGGCCUCACAAGUCUUGGUCUACCCACCAUAUGUUUAUCAAACUCAGUCAAGUGCCUUUUGUAGUGUGAAGAAACUCAAAGUAGAGCCAAGCAGUUGCGUUUUCCAGGAAAGAAACUAUCCACGGACCUAUGUGAAUGGUAGAGACUUUGGAAAUUCUCAUCCUCCCACAAAGGGUAGUGCUUUUCAGACAAAGAUACCAUUUAAUAGACCUCGAGGACACAACUUUUCAUUGCAGACAAGUGCUGUUGUGUUGAAAAACACUGCAGGUGCUACAAAAGUCAUAGCAGCUCAGACGCAGCAAGCUCAAGUGCAGGCACCUCAGAUUGGGGCGUGGCGAAACAGAUUGCAUUUCCUAGAAGGCCCCCAGAGAUGUGGAUUGAAGCGCAAGAGUGAGGAGUUGGAUAAUCAUAGCAGCGCAAUGCAGAUUGUCGAUGAAUUGUCCAUACUUCCUGCAAUGUUGCAAACCAACAUGGGAAAUCCAGUGACAGUUGUGACAACUACCACAGGAUCAAAACAGAAUUGUACCACUGGAGAAGGUGACUAUCAGUUAGUACAACAUGAAGUCUUAUGCUCCAUGAAAAAUACUUACGAAGUCCUUGAUUUUCUUGGUCGAGGCACGUUUGGUCAGGUAGUUAAAUGCUGGAAAAGAGGGACAAAUGAAAUUGUAGCAAUCAAAAUUUUGAAGAAUCAUCCUUCUUAUGCACGUCAAGGUCAAAUAGAAGUGAGCAUAUUAGCAAGGCUCAGUACUGAAAAUGCUGAUGAAUAUAACUUUGUACGAGCUUAUGAAUGCUUUCAGCACCGUAACCAUACUUGUUUAGUGUUUGAGAUGCUGGAACAAAACUUGUAUGACUUUCUGAAACAAAAUAAAUUUAGUCCCCUGCCACUAAAAGUGAUUCGGCCCAUUCUUCAACAAGUGGCCACUGCACUGAAAAAAUUGAAAAGUCUUGGUUUAAUUCAUGCUGAUCUCAAGCCAGAAAAUAUUAUGUUGGUGGAUCCUGUUCGGCAGCCAUACAGGGUUAAAGUAAUAGACUUUGGGUCGGCCAGUCAUGUAUCAAAGACUGUUUGUUCAACGUAUUUACAAUCUCGGUACUACAGAGCUCCAGAGAUUAUAUUGGGGUUGCCAUUUUGUGAAGCCAUAGACAUGUGGUCAUUGGGAUGUGUGAUUGCAGAAUUAUUCCUUGGAUGGCCGCUCUACCCAGGAGCCUUGGAGUAUGAUCAGAUUCGAUACAUUUCUCAGACUCAAGGUUUACCAGGAGAACAGUUGUUAAAUGUGGGCACGAAAUCCACAAGAUUUUUUUGCAAAGAAACAGAUAUGUCUCAUUCUGGUUGGAGAUUAAAGACAUUGGAAGAGCAUGAGGCAGAGACAGGAAUGAAAUCUAAAGAAGCCAGAAAAUACAUUUUCAACAGUCUGGAUGAUAUAGCGCAUGUGAACACGGUGAUGGAUUUGGAAGGAAGUGAUCUUUUGGCUGAGAAAGCUGAUAGAAGAGAAUUUGUUAGUCUGUUGAAGAAAAUGUUGCUGAUUGAUGCAGAUUUAAGAAUUACUCCAGCUGAGACUCUGAACCAUCCUUUUGUUAAUAUGAAACAUCUUCUAGAUUUUCCUCAUAGCAACCAUGUAAAGUCCUGUUUUCAUAUUAUGGAUAUUUGUAAGUCCCACCUAAAUUCAUGUGACACAAAUAAUCACAACAAAACUUCACUUUUAAGAUCAGUUCCUUCAAGCAGUACUGCUGCACUGACUGCAAAUUUUACUAAAAUUGGAACAUUAAGAAGUCAGGCAUUGACCACAUCUGCUCAUUCAGUUGUGCACCAUGGAAUACCUCUGCAGGCAGGAACUGCUCAGUUUGGUUGUGGUGAUGCUUUUCAGCAGACAUUGAUUAUCUGUCCCCCAGCUAUUCAGGGUAUUCCUGCAACACAUGGUAAACCCACUAGUUAUUCAAUAAGGGUAGAUAAUACAGUUCCACUUGUAACUCAGGCCCCAGCUGUGCCGCCACUACAGAUCCGACCAGGAGUUCUUUCACAGUUUUUCUAUUGUUUUACUUUGAUGCAGCAGACGUGGUCUGGUAGAACACAGCAGAUGCUGGUGCCUGCCUGGCAACGGGUACCACCCAUGGCUCCUGCUACUACGACACUAACUUCUGAGAGUGUAACUGGUUCACAGAGGCUUGGAGACUGGGGGAAGAUUAUUUCACGCAGCAAUCAGUAUAACUCAGUGAUACCGCAGCCUCUUCUGACCAAUCAGAUAACUUUAUCUGCCCCUCAGCCAGUUAGUGUGGGGAUUGCACAUGUUGUUUGGCCUCAGCCUGCCACUACCAAGAAAAAUAAACUGUGCCAGAACAGAGGUAUUUUGGUAAAACUAAUGGAAUGGGAGCCAGGAAGAGAGGAAAUAAAUGCUUUCAGUUGGAGUAAUUCAUUGCAGAAUACCAAUAUCCCACAUUCAGCAUUUAUUUCUCCAAAGAUAAUUAAUGGGAAAGAUGUCGAGGAAGUAAGUUGUAUAGAAACACAGGACAAUCAGAACGCAGAAGGAGAGGCAAGAAAUUGCUGUGAAACAUCUAUCAGACAGAACUCUGAUUCAUCAGUUUCAGACAAACAGCGGCAAACCAUCAUUAUUGCUGACUCCCCGAGUCCUGCAGUGAGUGUCAUCACUAUUAGCAGUGACACUGAUGAGGAAGAGACUUCGCAGAGACAUACACUCAGAGAAUGUAAAGGUAGUCUGGAUUGUGAAGCUUGCCAGAGCACUUUGAAUAUUGAUCGGAUGUGUUCAUUAAGUAGUCCUGAUAGUACUCUGAGUACCAGCUCCUCAGGGCAGUCCAGCCCAUCCCCUUGCAAGAGACCGAAUAGUAUGUCAGAUGAAGAGCAAGAAAGUGGUUGUGAUACAGUAGAUGGCUCUCCAACAUCCGACUCUUCUGGGCAUGACAGUCCAUUUGCAGAGAGCACUUUUGUGGAGGACACUCGUGAAAACACAGAACUGGUAACCUCUGCUGACACAGAAACUAAACCAGCUGUCUGUUCUGUUGUGGUGCCACCAGUGGAACUAGAGAAUGGCUUAAAUGCCGAUGAGCAUAUGGCAAACACAGAUUAUAUAUGCCAGCCAUUAAUAAAAGGGCGACCAGCCCCUGGAAGAUUAAACCAGCCUUCCACAGUGGGUACUCGUCAGCAAAAAUUGACAUCAGCAUUCCAGCAGCAGCAUUUGAACUUCAGUCAGGUUCAGCACUUUGGAUCUGGGCAUCAAGAGUGGAAUGGAAACUUUGGGCAUCGAAGACAGCAAGCUUAUAUCCCUACUAGUGUUACCAGUAAUCCAUUCACUCUUUCUCAUGGAAGUCCCAAUCACACAGCAGUGCAUGCCCACCUGGCUGGAAAUACACAUCUUGGAGGACAGCCUACUCUACUUCCAUACCCAUCGUCAGCCACCCUCAGUAGUGCUGCGCCAGUGGCCCACCUCUUAGCCUCUCCAUGUACCUCAAGACCUAUGUUACAGCAUCCAACUUAUAGUAUCUCCCAUCCCAGUGGCAUAGUUCACCAACUCCCAGUGGGCUUAAAUCCCCGUCUGUUACCAUCCCCAACCAUUCAUCAGACUCAGUACAAACCAAUCUUCCCACCACAUUCUUACAUUGCAGCAUCACCUGCAUAUACUGGAUUUCCAUUGAGUCCAACAAAACUCAGCCAGUAUCCAUAUAUGUGAAAAACAGUAUACUGGGGAAGCUCAAUGAUACAAACAUUUGAUUAAAAAUAAAAACAUGGUAUUUAAUAAAUAUUAGCCAUGGCACAAGAAAAUUAUUUUUGAAUCAUGUAGACUUGGGUGCAAUUUAAACAACUUUGAGCUUUAAAAACUCACUUUUGAUGUGUUUUGCACAUUUGGUAUAACUUGUCUUUGGUCAUGUUAUCUUCUUAUGUAGUAACUCUAGACAGGUGACUUAUGGGAGCAGAAGUCCAGUUUUGCUCCUGCUAUUUUUUAUAAAUUGCCUUCUAACUAGUGCAAGACACGUCCACAUUUGGGAAGCCAUUCUGUGUACAGACUUAGAGCAACAGAUGCACAUAUGUCAGAAUUACAGCAUACAAGUGAAUUGUAUUAUCCGUGUCUUAGUGUAUAAAUGUUGGGUCACUUACCUAAGAAAUUGAGCUAUUGUUCUUUACAUUUGCAUGUGUCUUUUGCAUGGGCAAAAUGUUGCCUAGACUUUGCUCUUAAAUGUUGUUCUAAUAAUCUCAGCUGCAUUGUAAACCGUUCCCACACAUAGUGCCUUAAAUAUUUGAGGUUGUUAAUGUUAUUACCUAUAUAUAAAUGUUGAGGACUGCAGCACUUAAAAUUCAGACCUACUUUUUAGUUUCCUUUUGAUAGCGUAAUGUUUAUUUUUGUUUUUGUGUGGUAUGAUUUCAGGUAGUAGCUGUUUUUUCCUUAUUAAGAGGGCAGCAUGUUUGCUAUAGCUGAAUUCUGCUGUCUGAUUUUUCAGAAUGAUCUAGCUUCAAGAAAAGCAAGCAGUUAGUAGUGCUUAAGAAAAAUUGAUUCAGUAUCUAAUGGAUAGUUGAUAACUGUCACAGCACAGCAUUUUAUAUACUAUUAAGUGAAACUGCAAUACAAUCUAAGUUUAUUUUGAGAGUGUUUGCUGUAUAAUUGGACUUAAAAUGUUUAGAGGUACAGUAGGCAUGACUUCGGGUAGAUAAUAAAAGAAAAUGCAAAAUGCUCAUUGAUUCAUGAUGUGGUUUUAUCUUAGCUUGGGCAAACCAUGCAGUAUUUAAUAAAUAGUAGCAGAACAUUUACUAUUGAAGCUUGAAAAGAUGUGAGUUCUUUGUGUGCAAUUUUUGAUUUAUGCAUGUGAGAGGGUUUUUUUUUUUAAAGUAUUUUUACAUUGCAGUACUUGUUUUGCUUGUUGGUGAUGUUUGCUUAUUUAAUACAUUCCGUCAGGGACAGAAAUUACAUGCUUUUUUUUUUCCUAGGAAGUGUGUUGAGUUCCCCCCCUCCCCCCACCAACUAUUUUCUUUUUUGGGUGGUGGUGAUAGUAGUGGUUAUGUCUGUUUAAAUGAAGAUGCUUUUACAGCACCAAAGACUUAAUCAUCCAUUUCCUAUAUAAAAGGUAGCUACUUUUUGCAUAGACCUCAAGUAUAUUGUAGUAUAGAGGUGGAAUUUAAGGAAAGGUAUUAAAUUGAGGCUGUGUUUUAGCUUACAGGCAAGUAAUAAAUUGUAUCAUUUAUCUUGAAUGUAUCAUAGAUAAGCUGCUAUAUAAUGAUUGCCACUUCAGAUAGCUGUGAAAUUAGGUGAUUAACUAGUUGUUAUUUAGCCUUCUAAUUUCUGUAUAAGUCUAAUUACAUGAAUAGAAGUUGGGGUUUUGAUUUUUUACUUUGCUUUUCUGUUUGGAGUGUCAUUGUAACUACUGUAUUGUAAAUGAUGGAAAAUAAUUGCAUUUGUUAUUUUGGGGUGUGUUAUUUGCAUCAGUAUUUUAUCUCUAUUAAUGUUUGUGCUCAUCACUGCAUUUUAAAAAAACUUGGAUGUAUCAACGUAACUUAAUUUUUUAUUUUCAUACUGGCAUUUAGACACAUGAGAAAGCUGUAUCUUGCAGGCUUGACUUAACUUUUUUUCCUUAAAAAUCUGGAAUAUAAUCUUACAGCAUUUACUGGAAUAAGCAGUACAAAGCAUUUGAGUGUAAAACUCUCUAGAUGUUUUGGAUUUACAGCGUUUCUUUGAUAAAUGAAUUGUAUACCACUAGUACAGCUCUCGUACAGCAUUCACAAUAAGCUAAUAAUGGAUAAGUUUUCUUUACUCCAUUAACACAAGCAGUGUUUUAUUUAAUAAUCAUCAAUGAAAUAAAUGUGCCUGAAAUUGAUUUUAAAAAUUACAGUGUUAGAUCAUCAAGUAAAAACCAGCAGUACAUUUUUAGUCACACUGAAAAUGAAGAACUUAAUUUUCCCCACAAGUUUCAGUGUUUUUAGUAAUUAAUUCUAUGCAUUUUAUACAAAUAGAAGUAAAUAUAUAUAUAUAUAUAUAUAUAUAUAUAUAUAUAUAAAUAUAUAAAAUACAUGUUUAAAAAGGAGUAGCCUAAGAUUAAUUUAAAAGAUUAUUUACAGAUGCACAUUUAUGGAGUCACUAUUUAAGUAAAUUUGCUGGCCUCCACAGCCUUCUAAUUUUAUUUAUAUGGUCCAGCAGAUUAUUGGGAUCUACUCACUUCUUAGGAAAGAAUCAAUGCUGGCAACACUUUGUUUCAGAAAUACCAAGUGCAAAUGAUUGAUUGUAUCACAACAGGUACAAAACCGACACAGUUUUCUUUUUGUUUAGGGCCAUGUUUACUAUCCUGAAAUGUUGUAUUUUUUGUCUUUAAUUUCCAAGACUUAAAGCAGUCUUGUAAAUUGACAUAAAUGGUAAACUUCAACAUUUUCAUAAUGCAGUAUGAAUGUUUGAUAAAGGUGUAUCUCAGUUAAGUACACUGCUCUUUAAUUGCAAUCAUGGGUAUUUUAAUGUAUUUUAAAAUAAAUUUCAAAAUUCUGCGAAAUUCUUCAUUUAGCAUAUUGACAAAGUAAUCUGGAUUUAUACCUUUUAAAAACCAUUUUGACAAGUUUUCUUUAGUUUUAAUGCUUUCUUAAAUAAAACACUGCAUGAUUUCUGUUGCAUAUUUGCAUACUAUUUUAAUUUGCAAAAUGUUUUUUUUAAUCAAAUAUUCUGAUAUUUAGUUGUUUUUUUUUCUCCAGGGUGUUUAAUUAAAUAUGUUACUGUAUUAGCAAAACAUUUUCAUUUUUAAAAUCUGCUAAUUUUAAACUUGUCUGUGUUAAGUAAAAGUUAAAUCAUACACUGCAAGGUGUAGGAAGAUUUGUUUUAAUGAAUCCAGUGAUACAGAUUUAAUUACUAAGUUUGAACUGUUAAUUGUUUAACAAUUUUAGAUUUGUGGCUUUCUUUCUUUCUUUUGUGUUUGUUUUUGCUUUUACUUCUAUGCUACACUAGUUUGCCAUGUAGCAAUUGCACUGUGCAAUAUUACAGUAAGGACUGGGAAAAUUUUAUGGAUGUAAUGUCUAUUACGGUUUGCGAUAGUAUUUCUCUCUAGUUCUCAGUGAUUUAAAUGUGACCAAGCCUUCUGUACUUUGUCACAAAAAGCGGGUUUUCCAGGUGACUAUUUUGGUGAGUGUCAAAAUAAGAAUUUAUGGUGUAUUACUGUCGAUUCACUUUGAAUUAAAAUAUAUAUAUUGCAGCAAA